GCCCAGUUAUAUGUGGAGACUCAGUCAGCAAGGCAACCCCUUGAGUGACAGUCCUAGCAUCUAGCUGGAAAGGAAAUCUGUUUGGAACAAAAGAAAUCUCUGUUGAAAAAGGAAAGCUGUGUUUAAAAAGGUAUUAGCACAGUUUUGUUUUUCUUGUGGGUAAAGAGACUUCUGGAAGAAAAGGAAAAUGAAGCAGAAAUGAUGGAAGGGAAAGAGGUGGGAGACGAACUUCAAAAGAGCAAGAGCAAGCAAAAAAGGGAGGAUCAAAGGAGAAGAAAUGUAAAAGAUUUCUACACCCAAUGUGAUUGGUUCUGAGAUCCCAAAAUCAAGCGGUGAUCUAGUUUGCUGACAUUAGUUUGUAUAGAAUGUUGAAACAGUCUGGAAAAGUGAGAGCAUACAGAAGGCUCCAACUUGACUCUGCCUUGCCCAAAGAGUGUCUGACCUUUGCCAGCUCCUUUCUGGCUGAUGACAUGAUGGAUAGAAGGACCUUCAUUUUCAUGACAGAUGUCUGCAUUCACAUCUAGGAAGCCAAAGAUGGAAGACAUUGGACAGAACCCAUUGGAUGAUGGGCAGGAUAUAACAGAAAUACCGACUUUAGAAGCCAUAAAACAGAAUCUCAACUAUCUGAACUUGGACCUUGAAAAGGAUCUACAGAGGCUGGAUGAGGCCAAUCAGAUUCUCCUCAGAAAGAUUCAAAAGAAAGAGGAAUCUAUUCAAAGUCUUGAAAGAGAUAUUGCCCUGUCCCUUGGAAAAGUCUCAGAGAAGGAUGACCUCAGUGAGAUCACAAUACAGAGGGAGAAUGCCCUGAAGGACCUGGAGCUGGAGACAGCAAAGCUGGAGAAAAAGAAUAAGACCCUAAGCAGGAAUGUCAUGGAACUUCAGAAAAAGAUUUCAAGAGGACUUAAAAAUGCUGGCCCUGAUUCAGAAACCCUGAAAAAGAAAAUAGCAGAAUUGAAGGUGAAACUACAAAAGUCAACCGAGUCCUGUGCACAACAAGAGAAGGAAAUGGCCAAGAUGGAAAGUGACUACCAAUCUGUGUACCAGCUCUGUGAAGACCAGGCCCACUACAUAAAGAAAUACCAAGAAAUUCUGAGGGAGAUGGAGAAGGAACAAGAAAUGAUGCUGCUGGAAAAAGAAAUAUCCAAAGCCCAGAAUGACUCUUCCCAAGUAGUGGAACCUGGGGCAACUCUGGUAGAGACCAUUCAAAGCAACAUGGAGAAGAACAUCGUCAAGAACCAGAAGAGCAAGUUUUUGGUUAGGCACUUCCGGUACCUUUUCUUCAUGAUCAUGGUCUUCAUCCGGCUAUUGGGUUAUCUGUUGUUCCACCUGCAGUACAUAAACCCGGAUUUUCUCGUGGACACUCUGCCCGUGCUGAUGAGCAGAAGCACAUUGAAGUGGCUGAGGGACAUAUUGUUUCCCUUCCUUACUCUAGAGGUGGAAGAUGUGCUACCACACUAGUGUCAGGUGACCUGCCAGGCCUCACAUUGCACCCCCAAUGGAGGGGCCAUGGCUGUGGCCCUGGGUUGGUGAUGUGGGCCAGGAAGGAACUGGAAGCCUAUGACUCAGAGCCUCUAUGUGACAG